AAUAAAAACUUCUCAAUAAACCAUUUAAAACAUUUCCAAUAAAUUUCCCUUUAUUAAUAGAUAAGAGCCAUUUUCUGCUUUGAAAAGAAAUAGAGAUGGCUUCGGCUAUAUCUAUUUUCCCUCUAACCUUCAAAUCUUCUCCUCCUUUACCCUCAAAUCCUUCUCUUUCACUGUUCUUCAACACCUCUUUCUCUUCUUCUUCUUCCUCUUCCUCAACAAAUACUUGUUGUGCUUUAGCUCACAUUUCAAAUACAUACAAUGUUCACUCCAGUAGUACCAUUAGCUUCAAACACUCUCAUACACUCUCUUCACUGGGCAAGAAAAGCCUUUCUCACUACCCAUCUACCCCAUACUCUUCUUUCUCUUCCGCAAGGCUGAUUUGCAGGGCUGCAGAGUACAAAUUCCCAGACCCAAUUCCUGAAUUUGCUGACGCAGAGACAGAGAAGUUUAGGAAUCAUCUUAUUAAGAAACUCUCCAAAAAGGAUGAUUUGUUUGGAGAUUCUUUAGAUGAGGUUGUUGGAAUCUGCACUGAGAUAUUCAACACCUUCUUACACACUGAGUAUGGGGGUCCGGGUACACUCUUGGUGGUACCUUUUAUCGACAUGGCUGAUACUUUGAAUGAGCAGGGCUUGCCUGGAGGACCACAAGCCGCACGUGCAGCAGUUAAAUGGGCCCAAGCUCAUGUCGACAAGGAUUGGAAGGAAUGGACCAGUGCUGAUAGCAAUCAAUAACACUGCAUCCUCAAUAUUCUCUACUCUGCUGAAGUUAUCAUAUUGUUGAGUUUUCAGGUGAAUUCUAAGUUUAUUGAGCAAGUUUUGAAUAGUUGUGUUGUAGUUUACCCUGUUAUAGUUAAAUUGGAAAUCAAUUGGAGUGGAAAUUUUCGAUAGGUUUCAUUGUAGCGACAGUAAUAGGGAGCUUAUACUGGAUUGUAUAAGAUUUUUGAUUAAUGAAUUUUGAGAAAUGAUAAAUGUGUGUUUUUAUAACUUGGAGAAAAACUUAUUUUCA